GACAAAAUACGCACUUAUAUAAAUACGUUGCUUGCAGUUUUCACGUAGUUUCGAGUAUCAGAUUUAACAAAUUGUUUAAAUUAGACAUAUCAAAUAUGUUUGUACUUUUGUGUCUUGUUAUUUCACUUUCUUUAGUCUCGUGGUACCUUUAUUACGUUCAUUGUUUCAAUUAUUGGAAGAAAAAGCAAGUCCCAACCCAUCCGCCAACUUUUCCAACCGGAAACAUCCUUAAAUCAGUGCUCGGAAAAGAAAAUAUUUUCAUCACUAUUGAAAACUACUACAAAGAAUUCAAACGAAAAGGACACAAACAUGCCGGACUUUAUUUUUUCAACGGCCCUGUGUACCUGCCUAUUGACCCAGAAAUAGUCAAGUCUAUAAUGACCACAGACUUCGAACACUUCGUCGAUCGUGGGGUUUUCGUCGACGAGAAAAACUUUCCUCUAAGUGCACACCUCUUCUCGAUCAAGGGCUCAAAAUGGAGAAACCUUCGAACAAAACUCUCUCCAACAUUCUCGUCCGGAAAACUCAAAACCAUGUACGAGAUUUUCAUGAAAAUGACGCAAAAUUUCAUAGAAACGCUUGAGCCAAAAGCGGGGAGGAAGGAGGAUAUUAAUAUAAAAUACAUAGCGGCGAACUUCACAGCCGAUAUUAUUUUUUCAACGGCGUUCGGUCUUGAAGGUAACACUUUGCAAAAUCCUGAUAGCAAGUUAGGAAACGUGGUGCAAAAUUUGUUUAAUCCCUCGACGUGGAUUGUCAUCAAAUCGCUUGCUUUAGAGGGUUUGAAAAAUCCGGGAGGGAUCGUCCGGGCGUUUAUCAGCGAUAAAGCAUUGGAAGAAUUUUUUGUUAAUUUGGUAAAAAAUACUGUCAAACAUAGGGACGAAAAUAAAAUAGUUCGGAACGAUUUCCUGUCACUGUUGCUUGAAAUCAGAGAUAAGGAAGGGUUGUCAUUUAAUGAAAUUGUCGCCCAAUGUUUUCUCUUCUUUUUGGCCGGAUAUGACACUUCGGCACAGACAAUAAGCUACUGUAUCCACUCUCUUGCGUACAACGAAGAUAUACAAGAUAAACUCCGAAAAGAAAUUCUCGAUAAUUUGGGCAGUGAUUAUACAAAAUACACUUACGACAAUGUCUUAAAAUUACCAUAUUUGGAGCAAGUACUUAACGAAACCUUAAGGUUGUACCCCGUUUUGGGCUUCUUUAAUCGAAUUUGUGUCAAGCCUUAUAAAGUUCCGGGGACCAAUGUAGUACUGGACGUGGGCACACCUGUUCUAAUUCCAACCUUAGGUCUUCAGCGAGAUCCUGAAUACUUCCCUGACCCCCUCAAAUUUGAUCCUGACAGGUUCAGAAAGGAUAAUUCUCUGGUUCCUUUCACGUUUAUGCCGUUUGGCGAAGGUCCCAGAUUUUGCAUCGGUAUGCGUUAUGGAAAACUACAGACGAAACUUGGAGUAGCCUCCCUGUUGUCUCAAUUUAAGUUUAAGCCAAGCCCAGAAACGCCAGAAUUAAUAAAGCCUGAGAAUUUUUCUAAAUCGUUAUCACUAGUGCCGGUAAAAGGCGUAACAGUCAAAAUAGAAAAAUUGUAAAUAAAUAUUUAAAAACAUAUAAAUAAAGUAGAUAAAAGCAAA